GAACAACAUGGCGGCUGGAGGAGCGUUAGCUUCUGGUCCCGUGUUGGUGUAGCGGACCGGCAGGAUGGCCCUCUGCGCGCAGCUGCUCCGACAGGCAGAGGCCCUGAAGGCUGACAUGACAGAUUCGAAGCUCGGGGCAGCAGAGGUGUGGACGUCCCGGCAGGCCCUACAGGAUCUGUACCAGAAGAUGCUGGUGACCGACCUGGAGUACGCUCUGGACAAGAAGGUGGAGCAAGACCUAUGGAAUCAUGCUUUUAAGAACCAGAUCACCACACUGCAGAGCCAGGCCAAGAACCGAGCCAACCCCAACCGCAGCGAGGUCCAGGCCAACCUGUCGCUGUUCCUGGAGGCAGCUAGUGGUUUCUACACACAGUUGCUGCAGGAGCUGUGCACCGUGUUCAACGUGGACCUGCCGUGCCGAGUCAAGUCGUCUCAGCUUGGCAUCAUCAGCAAUAAGCAGAGCGGCGGCGGCGCCAUCGUCACGCCGCAGCCCAGCUCCUGCUCCUACAUCUGCCAGCACUGCCUCGUCCACCUGGGAGACAUCGCUCGUUAUCGUAACCAGACCAGCCAGGCGGAGUCGUACUACCGACAUGCAGCUCAGCUGGUCCCGUCCAACGGUCAGCCGUACAACCAGCUGGCCAUCUUGGCCUCCUCUAAAGGAGACCACCUCACCACCAUCUUCUACUACUGCCGCAGCAUCGCCGUCAAGUUCCCGUUCCCAGCAGCCUCCACCAACCUGCAGAAGGCGCUGUCCAAGGCUCUGGAGAGCCGGGAUGAGGUGAAAACCAAGUGGAGCGUGUCAGAUUUCAUCCGGGCCUUCAUCAAGUUUCACGGCCACGUCUACCUGAGUAAGAGUCUGGACAAACUGGACCUUCUGAGGGAGAAACUGGAGGAGCAGUUUCAGAGGCUGAUCCUGCAGAAAGCCUUCAGCUCUCAGCAGCUGGUCCACAUCACCGUCAUCAACCUGUUUGAGCUCCACCACCUCAGAGACCUGACCGCUGACGGCACUGAGCAGAGCUACAGCAGUGAGCAGCAGAUCAGCUGGUUCCAGCUGCUGGGACUCUUCAUGUCCUUCCUGGGGGUCAUGUGCAGCCGUGCUCUGCUCAACAAGAACCGAGGGGAGGAGAUCAUGGGCGAGUGUCCUCUGCCGGCCAUUAAAGUCUCUCUGGACUGGCUCAAGCUGAGGCCCAGCGUCUUCCCCGAGGCCGCCGUGGACCAGAGGCAGCAUGUCUGGCCCUGGCUGGUCUCCAUCCUCAACAGUUUCCAGCCCAAAGAGGACGACGUGUCCUGUGCUUCAGUGACGCCCCUUCCAGAGGAGUUUGAGUUGCAGGGUUUCCUUGCUCUCCGGCCCGCUCUGAGGUCCCUGGACUUCACUAAAGGUCAUCAGGGCAUCCUGGUGGACAGGGACAACCUGCCGGUCCACACUCGACAUCAGAGACUCAUCGGUCUGGGCAAAUGGGUGGCCGACAACCAGCCGGGGCUGAUCCAGUGCAGGCUGAGUGAAGACGGCCUCCUCGUCUUCCUCACAGACAUUCCAGAGCGGGCCGUGGAGGAGCCCCAGGAGAAGGAGGCGCCGGUGCUGCAGGAGUCAUCCAACGCCGAGCAGACGGCCAACGACGGCGGGAACUCCGGCCUGAAGUCGGUGCUGUCGGCGGGGAAGACGCAGAGCUCGUGGCCCGACGGCGGCGAGCGGCCCGUCGUCACCUUCAAGGAGAACAUCAAACCCAGAGAGCAGAGCCGCGAGCCCACCCGCAGCCACCACCUGAAAGACAGCGGCAAGGAGCGCCGCGACUUCAACAAGGGCAACGGGGCUGCUGGGAAAGGAGAGCCCAAGAGGGACGGGAAGAGGAAGAGCGAGCUGAAGAAGGGAGGCUACGAGAAAACCUCUGACGCUGGAAAACAGGUGAAGGCGCAGACAGAGCUGAGGAAGACUCCGGUGUCUGAAGCUAAGAAGACGCCCAUCACACAAACUCAAACCACCUGCUCCUCCCAGUUCAUCCCCAUCCAUCACCCGGGAGCCUUCCCACCACUGCCCAGCAGACCAGGUUUCCCUCCCUCAGCCUACGUGAUCCCUCCCCCAGUGGCGUUCCCAGGUCUUCAGGUGAACCCGGGCUUCACCUUCUCCACCGGAGUGACCGUCCCCGGACCUUUCCUCCAGCCGGGCGUCCACGCCCAGGCCGGCAGCCAGGCCGGGAAGCCGUCCCACAUUCCCUACAGCCAGCAGAGGCCCUCUGGUCCCGGUCCGGGUCAGGGGCCGGGGUCCUCGGGGCCCGGGCCCAUGAACCAGGGUCAGCAGACCCAGGCCCAGGCCUUGCAACAGUCGGUCCAGCUGCAGGUGCAGGCGAUGAACCAGCAGCAGCAGCAGUCUCCAACCAAACCGGUCCAGCAGGUCGGGAUGGGGAAGAGUCCACCUCACCACCCGGGUCUGCAGCAGUACAUGCAGGUCCAGGAUCAGCCGGCUCAGAUGUGGAACCAGGCCCAGGCCGCUCUGCAGAAGAUCCCUCCCAUGCAGAUGUCCCUGAAGCAGCCUCAGCAGCAGCAGCAGGCCUUCUACAUGGCGGCUCAGGAUCCUCUCAAGCUGUACGAGCACCAGCUGCAGCCGGCCGGCAUGGAGAAGAAGAUCAAGUACCCCAACGUCAAGAUGCAGGACUUCUACUGGGAGCCGUCCUACAGGAUGGGGGACGGUCUGGCUGUGAUGGCGGACCGGAUGAAGAGGCCUCCGCCGGGGGGGAUCUGCUCCGAGCAGGACGGGUCCGCCGGGCCCCGGGGCCCCCCCUAUGAGCUGCCCAACCAGACCAGGAUGGACAGUGGCCCCGAGGUCGUCUCCUCGUCCUCUCUCCUGCCCAUCUCUGGCUUCCCCAUGCAGGAGUACAACCAGAACAGCAUCUUCAGUCAGGCCUACGGGAAGAACCUGCCGCCCAGCUCCAAGCCCGACGCUCCCAUGAUGCACCAGGAGCCGUCCCUCUACUCGCUGUUUGAAGGGACGCCGUGGUCGCCCUCCCUGCCUGCCAGCUCUGAUCACUCCACCCCGGCCAGCCAAUCCCCUCACUCCUCCAACCCCAGCAGCCUGCCGUCUCCCCCCACACACAACCACGGAGCCAUGCCCUUCUCCAACUUCGGGCCCAUAGGCACUCCGGACAGCCGGGACCGCAGGAUGGUGGACCGCUGGAAGGCCGACAAGACCGGAGCCGUCAGCGGGUUCGGGCUGGACUACCUGCCGGCUGCAGCCUCCUCGGCAGCUUCAGACUCCAGCUGGCACCAGACGGGGCCGACCGGCAGCUCCUGGACCAAUCAGGAGUCUCCGAUGGAGGAGUCGUCCUCCACCGUGCUGCUCGACAGCCUCAAGUCGAUCUGGUCCAGCUCCAUGAUGCAGCCGGGCCCGUCGGCCCUGGAGCAGCUCCUCCUGCAGCAGAAGCAGAAGCAGCAGCGAGGUCACGGCACCAUGAACCCGCCGCACUGAACGCCGGCCCGAGGCGGCGCUUUGAGUCCGGACGUCAACGAUAGAAUCAAACCUACCACCAGGAGAAACCGUGAGGGGGAGGAGAACCAGAACCAGUGUGACCGAGACCAGCUCCAUCUGAAGUGGAAAAUUAAACCGGCGAGAAAAGGUGGCGGCGGGGGGAGGCGAUGACACCCCCCACGACGAGGCUGAACCCCCCCACACACACACAUACACACACACACACGCCCCCAACCCCCCCCUCGUUUGUGGAGGAGCGGUGACGCCCCUCCUGGACCGGAGGGCACGGGAUCUCUUCAACCGCGAUGCUACGCGCCACCGCCGGGUUUCCUUCAACCCGCGGACUUCUGAACAUUGAGGAUCAUUACCCCCUACCCUACCCCCCCUCACCACCACUGCCCCCCCUUGGUUUUGGACAAGACGCCACAACUCCUCUCUCACCUGGAAGAACUUCCUCUUUCUUUGGGACGAAAAAAAUAAAUAAACCCCGCCUCCUGGAUGUCUGCUUGGUCCACCGGAGCGCCGUUUUAAGCGUCUCCGCCGCCGCCGCAGACUGACGCUGGUGGGUAGGGGGAAGGGGGGGGCGUGAGAGAGGGAGGACGGUGUGGUGGUCGGGUUCUGGGGGAGAGAACAGGUGAAGCAACGGGGGUCAAAAUAAACUGGACUUUCUGAUCUCUCCAUUCAUUCUCAUUACCGAGGAGGAGGAGGAGGUGGAGGGCGGCUCUCUGUAGCUCGUUGGUUGAUGGAGGACGGUUUGGCCUUCAGCUAUAUAAAUAUAUGAAUCCGUAUAUAUAUUGCCGUAGUUGGACUUUAAACGGGGCCGUAGUGAGAACCAGGACCGGACGCUGCUUUGUGAGGACAGGUGUGUUAACGCCACCUGGACCGACCGCUCUGCUGUCCCGCCUUUAUUUUGAAGGACGAAGCCUGGAGGCCCGACGACGGGACGGGACGAGACGUCAGGAGACGUCACGGGAAGGACAGAAGAAGAAGAAGAAGAAGGGAAAAAAACAAAACAGACGUAAAGAUAGAAUCACCGUUAGCGUCAAGAGAGAAAAAAAACCCAACAACUGUAUUUUGUGAUUUGUUCGUAGCAGUUUUAGCUUCUCGCCCUCUGAGGUGAACACAGGUUUGUCUAUUAGCUUCCUGCUUGAAUAUUUUCGGGGUUCUCUUCCUCUUCUUCCUGUUAUUUCUUUACUUAAAGAAGAAAAAAUACAAAAGAUGUAACCCUGCUCGCUUACUUAACCUGCAUUACUGUUUCUUUAUGUUCCUCUUCUGCCUUUUUACUAGUUUUUAAGAACUCUGUGGUGAUUCUGCUGUCUGUCCAUCACUGCAGACAGACAGACAGACAGGUGUGUACAGGUAGCUGGCUGAAUGUUUCCACUAUGUUUUCUUUAAUAACCACUACAGCAGAUUGUUUAUGAGUCGCUGGAACUACGGAGAACCUACGAGAACCAAACACACAUUCAACCAUGAAAAUGAUUUAGUUAAUUAUUUCUACAACAAUUUUACACAAAGUCCUCGUGUUAUUCAGGGCUGCAACUUUUUGUUAUUUUGUGAUAAAUCAUUUGUGUGGAGAUAACCAGACGUUAAGUUUACCACGACGGAGGUAAAACCUGAUGUUCUUCACAUUUCAGAAGCUGGAACUUGUGACUUUUUGUCUUUUGCUGGUAAAAGUAACUCAAGAGAUUAAUCUUUUAUUUUUUCGGUGUCAGAAAAUGAUUUUCAAAUCUUGAAAUGUUUCGUUGUUUUUGAUCAUCGGUGAAAAACGUUCAGAUUGUUGUUAUUUAUGAUGAAGAAACGAGGCAGAAACCAUCAAAUGCUUUGUUUGGAGAAUGAGUGACAUCAUUUUCAGCUCUGUUAUCUUCCUGUUUUGUUUGUUAGUCCGUAGAAAGAUCAGCAACACCACCCAGAUGGAUCCUGGACCAUCUGAAGUCCAGGAUCCAAACCUAAAGUUCCUGCGUUCCCAUCAAAAGGUUCCUGAGAAGUUCCAGCGGUUAAAAAAAGAAAAGCAUUCUGAGAGUCGUGUGAGGUUCAGGGUUUGUUUCUGUGGUUUCAUCCUUGUAGAGCUUUUACCACCAGUCCUGUCUGGUUCAGAGCCAAUCAGAAAGCGGAGAGCGACCGCUGACCAAUCAGGACGCUCCGUCGUCACUGUAAGUCACUUCCUGUCCAGUUUAAACCAGCAGAAAGCUGUUUUUCUACCUUAAAACAACCUUUAGUUCCAAGGGAUUAAAAUAAAAAGAAUACAGCCUGUUUUUAUUUCCUGUUUUAUUAAAGCAGACUUCAGAGAGACGUGUCUAUUUUCCCGUGUGAUUGUGCUUUUCAUGUUGCAUUUAAAAAAUGUAUUUGAACAAUAAUAAAGAUAAAAUAUUAAUGAAUGUGAGGACGGAUUUUGGCCAGAAGCUUCAAGGAGAGAGAGAGUUUGUUUUCAUGUUUGAAGCUCGCCGCGUGGAUCCGAGCGGCUCUGGCUUUAAGUUUUUUUGGAGUAAGAACUAAACGGACUUUCCACUCGUGGGUGUUUGGAGGUUUUGGUUGUUUGGAGGUUUGGUGGUGUCGGAGGUGUCGGGUCCUCGCUGGUUGGAGCUCUGACGGCAGGUUUCUGACAGGAAACGGCUUCAGGCUGAGCUCUGAGGCUUUUUUUGUGUUUCUGCUGGAAUCAGCCUUUAAAUAAACGUAAACCAUGUUC